UGACCCAGCCGAGGGUGAUCCCAACUGCAUGUUCCCGACUCGACAAACGCGUCCGGAUCCGAGGCUCACUGUGGGGGAAAAGCCACUCUGAAGCGAAUGAAGAAACAAUUAAUCUUUCACUUCACGUACAGAGGACUUCUAACGAGAGGAAAAAAGAGCAAAAGAAGAAAAUGGAGUAUAAAUUACGAAAAGCUGAACCCAAAGACGUGCCUGAUAUAUUACGACUGGUGAAGGAACUUGCUAAAUACGAAGAGAUGGAGCAUCAGGUGACACUGACUGAAAAAGACCUCCUUGAGGAUGGUUUUGGUGAAACCCCGUUUUACCACUGUAUCAUCUCUGAAAUCCAAGGAGAGGACAGCAGUGACGGCCUUAAGGUGGUAGGAUUCGCCAUGUACUACUUCACGUAUGACCCCUGGGUUGGCAAGCAGCUUUACCUGGAGGAAUUCUACGUGAUGGAGCAGUACAGAGGGCUCGGCAUCGGUUCGGGGCUCCUGCGGCACCUCAGCAAUCUGGCGAUGAAGACGCGCUGCACCGGCAUGAUGUUUGUGGUCGCUGAGAACAAUGAGCCGUCCGUUCAGUUCUACAAGCGACGUGGCGCUGAGGAUCUGUCCCAGGAGGAGGGCUGGAGGCUCUUCAGGUUUGACAAGGACAGCCUCGUCAAGAUGGCCGCUCCGGCCGAGGAAUGACUAGGGCCUGGCGAAACAGGAGGAGGAGGCGUGAGAGCCAGAGCAGAGAGUUGAACCUUUGUGUUUGACUCUUCUCAGUUUAGUUCAGCUUUAGAAAAAAGGGCAAUUCUUUAUUAAUCAAAAAGACAAUAAUUGUAGUUAAAAACCUCACAUUGCUUUCAUCUAAUGCUAAUUGGUUGCUUAAAAACACUUAUUUUUCUGCUGAUUUCAUUUUUAUUAAUCUUUGUUUUUCUGUGUUAAAGAUGUGCAAAAGAGAUUAUGUCACUUAUGUUUGCAAUAAAACAAUUAAUCACA